UGUUAUUGAAUUAUCGAACUAAUCGGAAUUAUAUUUUUCCUUAGUCAAGUUUCAAACCUUUCAGAAUUCAAAUAAAAUCGCCACCUUGUGUUCAAUUCAUGAACUAAUCGGGAUUAAUUCGAGGUUAACCAGGAGAAUUGUGAUAAUAGAGAAACACUGUAUAUUUUAAAUAACAUUUAUUGUCCUUAAAAACAAGCUCCUAACGUCAACAAUUAACAAUUUUAAUUAAAAUUAUUUUUUUAAUUUCAGAUUAUUUCUAAUUUAAUUAUUAAAAAGGCGAUUAGUAUAAUCUUUGUUUAUAGAGGAACAUAUUUUACAGUUUCCUGUAACCAGAAAUUGUCAAAACAGUAAAUAUAACCCUUCAAUCAAAAGUGAUUAAAACAGUAUUAAGAAAACGUUAAUUUAGAAAUUAAAUAAUUAAAUUUUAUUUUAAAGACUUAUUCACUGUAAUGUCCCAUACGAAAUCGCAAUUUUUCUUAUAAACCGUACAUUUAAUUACGUUCAAUAUGUCAUGUGUUCAAUAUUCAAUAUGUUUAUCGCAUUGUUUACAAUUUUAAAUUAAAUUAAUCGAAAUUAAUGUAAAAAGAACAGCGCCAUUUUAUCGCAACAGAUUACACUCGAACUUUAUUUAUCAAUUUAGGCCAAAUCAUUUCAAUAAAUGAAUAUGCAUUUAUUUAAACGUUUUUUUUUUCAAAUAAAACCGCCCCAAAAACUUUUUGUACUCAGUUAAACUUUCAAUUUCAAAAUGUACAAGUUAAUCGUUACCCUGUUACUUUUGGCGGGAAAUUCGAACGCGCGAAAUUUAAAUUUAAACAAAUUCGCGGAUUACGUCCAGUAUCCGAGUGAAUCGACCGGAGAAUUAGUAAGCGAAUGGAACGAAGAGAUGAAAAUUAACCCGGAAGAAAUGGGGGAGUACUUCGAAGGCGAUAUUAUUUAUCCCGGUGCUCGAAACGGACUUUUAGACGAAACUUUGCGAUGGAAAGAAGGGAUUGUUCCUUACGUUAUAGCCGGUCCCUACGAUAAAGAGGAUUUGGAUAAGAUUUUCGGCGCGAUGGAGCAAUACCAUAAAAACACGUGCAUUCGAUUUAGGAAAAAAAAAGCCGAAGAUGUUGAUUAUUUAAGUAUUCAAAACACAAAAACGGGUUGUUGGAGCAGCGUGGGGAAAAUUGGGGGGAAACAAGAUUUAAAUUUACAAAGUCCCGGGUGUGUUUCAACUCUUGGGACACCCAUACACGAAUUUAUGCACGCUUUAGGGUUUCACCAUGAACAAACUCGCGAAGAACGAGACGAUUUCGUUACGAUUUUGUGGAAAAAUAUCGCGAUGGGGCGAGAAAACAACUUUGAAAAGUUAAAAAAUGGAACUAGCUCCGAUUUUCAAGUUCCUUAUGAUUAUGACUCGGUUAUGCAUUACUCCAAAUAUGCUUUUAGCAAAAAUCAACAAGCUACGAUUGAUCCAAAAGAAAAAGGGGCCGAAAUCGGGCAACGAAAAGGAUUCAGCGAAGGUGAUCUAAAAAAAGUUAAUUCAAUGUAUGGUUGUGGAAACGACAAUUUAAGAACAACAGAAAAACCUGAUUAUAAUGUCCCACAUGGUGUUAAUAUCUUAGAUAUUAUAACGACAAUCUUUGGUUAAAAAUAAAAUGUUUUUUGUGUUAUAUAGUUUCUAUUUCCCCAUUUUUUCUACUUAUAAACAUUUAUUAAUUCUAUUUAAGCUGUUUGAACAAAUCUUUCGUGACGC